AUGUACAAUUACGAGAAAAUAGACGUUAACGACCCGUUGAUCCUCACCCCCCAGUUAGACUGUUACAAGGUGUGCGUAGAUUACAAGAAGAAGCCGGGCUGCGAGGACCCGCUGAAGAAGGCCAAGUACUGGAUGUUUGAAGAGACGUGUCUGGACGGAAAUGGAGGCAUCUGCACGUGCUACAACAAGUUUCAGUGCAAGGACGACAAGAGCUACAGCAGCAAGUGGAUGGAGGAGGCCCGAUUCCAGUUCACGGACCACUACGAGGUGCCGGCCAACUUCACGGUGGGCAUGCUGUGCGACGGCAGGGACAAGGGCGACCCGCAUUUCACGGGCGCCGACGGCCGGUGGAACGGCGACGUGAAGGCGCUGACGUGGAUCCGGUCGGUGGGGCUCAUGGCGGGACACCACACGGUGGUUCUGGAGGCGCGGCGCGGCGCGGAAGCGGAGUACGGCAACGGGUACCUGGCGCGCGUGGUGGCUGACGGCGUGGCGGUGGAGCUGACUGUGCCCGGCACGACGGUGCAGCUGUGGGACGGCGCGACGCUCAAGUGGGAGGCUGCGCUCAAGCUGAGCGGCACGGACCUUGUGGACGUGUACGACGUGAAGAUCGACGGCGUCGCCACCAUCCGCCUCACGCUCAGGCCCGAGGUCAAGAACCUUCGCACGCCCACGGACGCCGCCGUUCACUUCGGCCUCGACGUGCUCUUCUCCUCUUUCUCCCAGGCCGUGCACGGCGUGCUCGGCCAGACGUUCCGUCCCAACUUCCAGGGCCGCCUGGCUCACCAGAGGCUGCAGUGGAGCCAACUGCUGCAGGUGAUGGUGGUGCCGGGCGACAACGCGGAGGGCUUUAUCGAUGGAAGCAUGGACGACUACGAGGUGACGGACCUGCUCAAGGCGGACUGCAAGAUGUGCCGCUUCAUGCGCGCCCAUGCCGUGGACGACGAGAUGUCCAUCGCCAUGAACAUGAUGGGCAGCGCCGUCGGCGGAGGCCUGCCUGCUGCUCCUCGCAAAUACCUCGCACAGAGCUUCUAG